CUUUCAACGCAGGUAUAUUACAAAAUUUUUAAAAUGUGCUCUUUUAGAGAGCAUUGUAAAUGAUUAAUGUUUUUUUUGAUGCCGCCGUUGUGUUUAGAUGUGGAUCACUAGUUCCUUUUGAGGUUGAACGACUCUCUACGAACUGUGAUUGUAUUCUUGUGGUACAAAUCUGUAAUGACUGAUUGUCAAACGAAGUCAGUUGAGCGUUAGUUCGUUUAUGUUUUAUUGAAUCAUUAUUCAAAACUCAAACCAAGGUUGAUCUUUUUGUGGUCGUUGUAAACGGAAAUUAAGCCGAAAUUCCAGAUCAAGUAUGACUGAAGCAAGCGACCUUACAGAAAUCACUGAAUCUUGGAAAUUCAAGUUUUCCACUACGAAGGGAUCGCGUUUUCUGAGUUAAACCGUUGCGCGCUUGGAAUCGCAAAAAAUUUUAAAAUGAAGAUCUCAACAACAACAAAAAAAAACAGUUUGAUUUCUCUUUCCAUAGAACAUCUUUCAACCGAGAUCCAUCAAGUAAAAGGGAUUCGUCUUUUAGACAACAUUUUAAAUACCUGAUAACGUUUGAAAGCAUGAUUAAUCUAAGGGGUAAGACCAAAAAGGCUGCAAUGAAGAUUGAACAUAACUAAUUUACUUGUCUCUACGUCGAGUACAAUUCAUUGUUUGUUUUUUUCAAAAAGCGAAUAAAUGCAAAAUUUAUUAUUUGGCCAAAUCUGGGAGUAAUGAUGUCCUCAGUAUGAUUCACUUGAUUCGUCGUACUCCGCGAUUUGCGAGUCACUGUGGACGGAAUACACUGAUUUCCAACAACUGACAGCCCAAGGUCAUUUAAAACUGAAGAUAGCCGUCACAAAAGCACACUUUAACCGUCAGAUUAAAUACCUUUUGGAUCUGAAGAAAAAUAAAAUGUAUAGAUUAAAGGGAAACGAGUGGAGGAAUAGCAAAACUGCCAUUGAAAAAAUAAAUAAUGUUGGUGCGUUAUUCUACAGCUUUUAAAAUUUCCAGAACGACUGGAAGGGUCUGUCAUGAGGGCAGUUGUUUUGAAUAGUUUUUAUUAUUCGGUUUUUGCUAUUUAAUUUUCGCAUUUUAUUACGCUUUCUGGUGGCAAAAAUAUGCAAUUACUCUCCCCACCCGUUAAGAUCGCUCGUUUAUCCAUCAUUUAAAAAACACUUUACAACUGUAAAAUCUUUUUUGUUCACUCGAAUGUCCUGAUGAAAAAUUACUGUUUUCUUAUCAAAGAAAACAAUAGUGCCAGUAAAAAGCGUUAAAAAAUCGAAGACAAGGGAAAAAUACUGAAACAGUAAACGUAGAAUUUAAGUAUUGUCUAUGUUUUCGCUCUCUGUUCAAUAUUUAUUCGCUAUUUCGUCUCUAGCAGUGUUGUUAAGGCAACUAGAUAUCACAGGAAAUAUGUUGUUGGCACAGUUGGUGGUUGAUAUCUCCACGAACUGGUGAUAUUAUUUUUCUUGUUAUGAUUAAACUGCUUUAGCUGAGAAACGCAUUAUUCUGAAAAGUAGCGCUUUUUGAGAUUAUACCGUCUAACUUCCUUUAGGAGAGAUAAAAGGUUAUUUCCAUAAGAGUUCUCUCAUGUAUCUUCCGUUUUCAUGAUGAAGAAGAUACUAAUUAAACUCUGAACACCAUUAGCAAGACAUAGAAAUUGGUUUAAAUGAUUUUUGUCUGCUACGGCUGUUAGUUAUCCCCUGGGAAGCUAAAAUGUGUUUGGAGAAACAAGGUUGGUAAGUACUGGAUCGUGUUGCCGAAUCGGAUACAAAUUUCCCUUCUUAAUUUCAUCCGAAAAAUAAGCUAUCAAUAAAAUCCAAGAUCAUCCGCCAGAUUGUUGUGGCAGAAGGGACGCGUGUAACAAGCAUAUUAAUUUACUAAUCGUAAUUUACUUUGACACCCACCGACUUCUGCUAAAAUAUCGCAAAACAACAUGGCGAACUCCGCCAUAUUGUUUAACAAUUGAGGAGGGCUGGUAAUCAUUCUCGUCCCCAAGCCACGCGAUAACCUCGAGUAAGGAAAUCCCGAUUAUUCUGCGCUUGCGUAAUCGUUAAGCUUAUGCUCUGAUGUGUUCACUUGCUAUACUUGUGCUUAUGCCUAUGCGCCUGUGAAAACCAGCCUUGAGGGAAAAGCUUUCCGCUUAGAAAAUUAUUACGAAGACGGUGUUUAAUUUACUUGCAUUUACUGAAAUUAAAAGUUUCAUUUUUAUUCCCCAAGUUUCUUUUAACCUGAGCUCAAUUCUUGAGUGAUAAUUGAAAUAAAAUUCAAAUGCUGAUAUAUAUUAAAAAAAAGAACAAUUUGCAAUUAUCUUUAGUACCACCAGGUUUAACGUAUUUUUUUCUUUUUUACGUCUUUUUACGUUUCUACGGUGACGAAUGUUCAAAGCAGGCAAAAUAUGAAAACGUUUUUAAGUUACGUAAAGCUUUUAUCGGCUUGAUACAAUCAGACAGACCCUUUCCAUAAAUCGCAGCACGUGCAUGACAUUUGGCAAUAUUGCCUGCACAUCAGGUCUUCAUGGGGAGUAUUGCCUGAUUUGAAUAAAUAUCCUAUAUUGGCCAGGCUUUUAGACCUACACGAUGUGUUAUCACAGAGUGUGGUAGAAAUUCAAUUUACUUUUCUUGAAGUUUGAGGCAUAAAGAUUGUUUGAUGUAGACUGCAAUGUUGAAUUUAAAGCACCGAAUGUUUCUAUUAUUGAUUCCCAACAAAAAACCGCCUUUUAGGCGGUAGCUGUCGACGUCCUGGCAACUAUGAGGCAAUUUUGUCUAUUAUUUGUUAUAAUUUUGUUUCUUCUGACCCCAGCGUUUAUCGAGAUAUAAAGGACAAUAUAACAAACAAACAACUUAGAUAGCUUUCCGUCCCUGAAAUGAUCUAAAUGGCAUCUGCACUCCUCUGUCCAUUGUAUUUAGAAUGCUAUUAGCAGAAGCAAUAGUGCUAAUGGACGAAGCUGCCUAAAGGGCUUGAAUAUCCAAAUACAUUAGCCUACAGCAUUGUUAUCCCUGCUAAAAUUUGCAUUUCAAAGGGGAGAAUCGCGCGUAAUUAAACGGACUUCCCAAAACAAAAACAUAGUUUUGAAUUAAUGCGAAUAAAUGUAUGAAAAAGCUCCGUGUGGCUCCCGCGAAAUUAGGGAAUUUAUUAGAGAAUUUAUCAUUUAUUGAUGAUGGUCCACGUUUUAAUUCGUGUGUUUCCACCUGUUUGGAUUGAAACUUAAAACCACGGGUUGAAAGGACAGUCUGUUUUUUAAAAAAUAAUCGGGAAUUGGAAAACGUUAUGAGUACAACUCACCAUAAUCAUGUUUAUGGAUCUGUCAGAUAUAGCCUCGUCCAUUUAAACGAAGAAACUAAAAUGCGUUCGGUGCUUGAAAGCGGUUUGAAGCUAGCGGUGUAGUCACGCUUGGGAAUUGAAAAAUAACAAACAUCGUUGAGCAUGCUUCAAAGCAACACGGCGCUUGACGAGGAGUGCGACAUUCAAUUUCACAAUGUAUCUCGGCUUUUUGAUUUGGAGCGACAGAGGAGAGCUAAUCGCUGUGCCGAGCAAGAUGGGAUGUUCCGUGAACUGGAUAAAGUUAACACCGACAUUUCUGGAGCCUGGCUGAGGGCAGCCUUACUGGUGUCCUACGUAUCAAUAGCGAUAACUUUGAUCCUAGGAAGUCUAUAUUUUGUUUUCUCCGCCCUUGACGGGAGCCCAGCAGCUUUUGGUUUUGCGUUUGCAGCAAUAUUAGACGCUUGCUCCUCAGCUGUUGUGGUGUGGAGAUUCUCGGGCAUAGCAGGACAAAAAUAUUCAUUCGAAAGAGAAAGAAAGGCUUGCAUCAUUAUUGGUGUAUGUUUUGUCCUGUCUGGUAGCGCUAUUGUAUCAAAAGCUGUCUAUAUGCUGGUCAUUGACAACGAACCAAAAAGGAGUACAGCUUUGUUGAUCACCACAUUUGCUACUUUUGGUUGUAUGGUACUGCUAGCGUGGUUCAAAUACCUUAUUGCCUACAAAGUGGACAGCAGGGCUCUAAGAACAGACGCCUUCAACUCGACAGCAGAAGCGGUGAUGGCGUUUGUUAUGGCUAUGAGUGACCUCAUUUACGAUCAGAAUCCCAACAUUUGGUUCUUGGACGCUUCUGCUGCCAUUUUUAUCGCCUUUGUUCUGAUUGUUUAUGGCGUCAGGACAAUUGUAGAACUCCUGCUCACCAAAGGACUGGCUCCUAUCCCAAACAAGUAACGAACCUUUCUCAGACGGUAUUCGUAGAAAACGCUUAAAUCUCAUGGCAAGGGAGGAUGAGAGUGCACACAGAGUUAACAAAACAUGCAGUGCUUGGGCGAAUACUCUCGUCAAUUCUGGAGAGAAUUGCGCCGGCUUAACCUGUGUUCAGCGGGCUUUUGUGAGAGCGUGUGACCAAGAGCAAGCGGCCAAAUAAGAGCGAAAGUUUGGAUAUUCGGUUACAGAGCUGUCAUCCUAGUUUAGAGGCUUAGAAAAACAACGCUUCCCUCUCUUCGGGCUAAGUCUCCCUCUAUAAGUGAAUAAAUUAACGGUGCCGACCAAGAUAUCGAACAGAUUAAAAUAGAGAACGACCAAAAAGAGAAAUAAAAAAGGCCAUUUCUGAGUUACCUUGUACCUCUGUUUCAAAACCAGUCCUUGUGAAAAACCUUUCAUAUGAAAACAAACCUGCAGGGGAAUGAUCGAAACACAUUAACUAUUUUUUAUUUAUUUUUUUAAGAGUUAGGUGAAAUUGAAUAAAUAAAAACAUUAUGAUAUGAAUGGUUUCGCACGAAGACUUACUUGCCUUGACACAGAGGCAAAAGGCUACUCAGAAGCUUAAGUGGCCUAUUUGAGUGAAAAAGUAAAAGGUUAUUUAAACUUGUGUUAACGAGAAGGGAAGGGAACUUAAAUGUUAAUUUUUUAACAUUUUUUCAUUGGUCAGUGGCAUUUAAAGCAAGAUUGACUUUGUCAUUCCUAAGACUAGACUGAUAAAAAUCUAACUCUCCUUACAACUUCAACGCACUCCUCAGUAGACAAGUUAUGUAAAUAAUGAUAAUCAUCAAUUGCGGGAUAUUUUAUUGAUGUAACAUCAAAUUCUCACAACUAAAAUUAAAAGAAAUGCUUUUGAUCAGUUUCUUAACAGAGAGAAAUUUACGCCCCGCCACACUACGCCGGCGGAAUUAAAAAAGGGGCUUUAUUUACCGUCCACAAUAAUAAAAUGGAGAUUUUCUGUACGCUCUUCAAACCGGAGGAAUCUGAAAACGCCGGUUUUUUGUGCGCGUGUAUUUAGAAAACAUUUUGAAAACGGAGUUUUUUGAAAGCGAUGACCUCACGAUAAUCAUAUGAUUUCCCCGCCAGGGUUUUUGUCAAACACAAACCCAAAAUGACCGGUGAUUGUUACGUUUUUAAAUAUCUCCGGAGUAGUGUGGACGGACCUUACUGAGAAUCAACCAUUGCAUUUCUUACUUUUUAUAUGAAAAUUCCAAGAGAUAUUUUAAUAUUUAACUUAGUGAAGAAAAAUGUAAAAUAUAAUAGUUGAAACUAAACAAUAUCCAACAGAGGUUAGUAUUAGCUUAUUAUAAGAAUUAAUAUUAAUAAUAUUAACUUAAAUGUUAGUGUAAAAAUUAUAUCUAAACAGUUAAACGUUAAAGUUAUUGAUACACAUUUUGAAAGGAAACAUGUUUUAACGAUCUAAUAAUAUUGCUGAGUUAAAAAGUUUGAGUUUUAAUGCAGAGGGUCAAAAUGAGUGUGUACUUUAUGUUUAAAUAAAAUAGCUGUUCUUACAAGUGGUAAAAUAUAUUCAUCUUGAGCCUAGAGAAAGCUUCUAUCAUCGGGUAACGCUGCAAGUUACAGGUUUUUACAUCUUUUAAAUGUAAAGACAAAGUUAAUAACAAAAAUAAAAUUGAAACUCAAACAUGGUAUCUCUUAAUCUUUGCUUUUUGUUAUCAAUAAUGUUAAAAGAACAAGGGGUCGAACAAGGACGGUUUCCAUUUGAACGUUGAAGACACUGGAAAUGUGUUUGGCAGGUUUUGCUUGUUUUUGUUAGCAGUUGUUAAACACGAAGCUGAUUGGGACUGGAAAUGAAGGCCUGGGAAAGAGCCAUACAGGAACUAGGCAAUGAAAGAGUCAAAGUUCAGAACGUAUCGUCCUCACUUCAACCCAAGAAAUAGAGUUUAAAAUACAUGAAAAUUUUUCAUUAUUUACACACCUUAAAAUACCUUGAACCGUGUUUUUGUUGAGUCAGAAAUCCUGUAAAUGGUCUAACAGUCUACUUGGAAAACAUGCUAUCCUCUGUCUUUCUAUAAUCUUUCUGUUUAUAACAACCUGGCAAUGGAGAUCAUGUUUUCCCCUAUUUCUAGUCUUGGAAUAGUUUCCGUGCAGUCUAAACACUUUACGAAAUCAUUGAAUUCCUUUUAUGCCUCAACGUAAUUUAUGUGAUAUGUGCCUUUCAUACAUUCGCUAUAUAUUUAUGUGUUAUAUCCAUUGGACAUCUAAAUAGUUGUUUAAUCGUUUUUUCACUAUCUAUCAUAAUGGUUGCCUACAAAGCACCGCGGGUAACUCAAAACAGAAACAUUCCCAAUUGAGCAAAAUUGAAUCUUGCAGUUCUCGUAAGCUAAGGUCUCGCAUGAAUAGCUUGAAACCCUUUGAGAGAACAAUAGAACAAACAACAGAAACAAUGCCCGCUAGCCC